CAAAUAGUCACAACAACACAACAUAAUUUUUUUCAUGUUAUAAGUUUAAUCUUUAAUUUAAUAAUAAUUAUAAAUCAUAAGUAUUUAAAUUAUGGCAGGAUCUGCAUUGCGAAGACUUAUGGCAGAAUAUAAACAGUUAACGCUGAAUCCACCUGAAGGUAUAAUAGCUGGCCCAAUUAAUGAGGAAAACUUUUUUGAAUGGGAAGCAUUAAUCACAGGUCCUGAAGGGACUUGUUUUGAAGGAGGAGUGUUUCCUGCAAAACUUAUUUUUCCUCCUGAUUAUCCCUUAAGUCCCCCAAAGAUGCAAUUUACCUGUGAAAUGUUUCAUCCAAAUAUAUACUCGGAUGGUAGAGUUUGUAUAUCAAUUUUACAUGCACCAGGUGAUGAUCCAAUGGGAUAUGAAUCUAGUGCUGAAAGGUGGUCGCCAGUUCAAAGUGUAGAAAAGAUAUUACUUUCAGUUGUUAGUAUGUUAGCAGAACCGAACGAUGAAAGUGGUGCAAAUGUAGACGCCGCCAAAAUGUGGAGAGAAAAUAGAGAAGAAUUUAAUAAAAUAGCAGAAAAAAUUGUUCGAAGGACGUUAGGCAUUCCUACCUAAAUCUAUUAGUUCAUUAUAUAUUUGUUUUUAUUCUGACAUUGUCAAUUUCUUGUUGGUUAUAUUUUCGUAAAUGAAUUAUUAUAGUUAGAUAAUUGUAUAUUAAGCGGUUAGAAGGAUCUGUCACCACCAUAUGAAAUAUGUAUAUUUAUUUAUAAAUUAUAUACUGAUUAACAAAAAGAUGA